AUGGUGAUGGAGCGGCUGGCGGACUUCGUCAGCAAGUCGCUGGAGGGUGGCGACGCACCGGCCCCGCCGCCGGAGCCAGGGGAGCAGGACGAUGUGGAUGAAGACGUGGACAUCACCGCGCUCGAGGAGAAGGCGCCGCCGGCGAAGAGACCCAGAAACUGGCUCGUUUCCCCCGUACCCCAGAACUACAAACGAGAUGACGAUGAUGAUGAUAAUAAACACGAUCUCACGGACAAGUCGAACGGUAGCGUCAACAGCAACAACAGCGGCAAGCAGCGACGUUCGCGGACAAACUUCACUCUGGAGCAGCUAGGUGAGCUCGAGAGGCUGUUUGACGAGACACAUUACCCUGAUGCCUUCAUGCGCGAAGAACUCAGCCAGCGCCUCGGCCUUAGUGAAGCGAGAGUUCAGGUGUGGUUUCAAAACCGACGUGCCAAGUGUCGAAAACAUGAGAGCCAAAUGCAUAAAGGUCUCCUGGUAGGCGGAGGAGGCACACCAUUGGAGCCCUGUCGCGUGGCGCCAUAUGUGGCAGUUCCGCGUUUGGCUAACUCAACGCCUCGGCCGCCGCCACCACCGCUGUCACUCGCACCACACCCGCCGGCUACGGCCUUCGCGCCCUUUGACUCUGCAUUGCUGUCCGCUGCGGCUCAUCAGUAUGCCACUGCAGCCGCAGCAGCCGCGGCCGCUCUGUGCCCACCAUACGCAGGAUUGGCAGCGUUGGCGGCGCGAUGUCGAUCCUCCUCCAUCGCGGACCUGCGGCUAAAAGCGCGGCGACACGCAGCAGCGUUAGCGGCCGCACGCGGUCACACGCCGCCUCCGGCUGCCGCUACUGCGCCCUCGCCCGCCUCCGCGCCCGCCGACACAUAG